AUGGAGCGACCUCCAGCAUAUGCGCCAGUCUGCAGCGAUGAACAGGAAGAAAUCCUAGCAGAGCUAGAAGAGAAGGAUGGCGUUUCCUGGAACUCUAAGAGUACUGAGAUCAUCCCGACCAACACGCGCAGCUUCGUGGCGUACAUGUCCAUCCUGCUGCUCUCUCUUUCAGCGAACAUUCUCCUGGUGAUGGACAAUGCAAGGCUUCGAAUUGCGCACAGUCCAGCUAAGAGCAACUACAGUGGAUUAGCCUACGAUACUACUGUGCCAUAUCACGCGACGACAAAGUACUGGCAUCCGAACGCCAGUGAUAGUGAUAUGGAAGGGGCAUGGGACGCUAUUGACACCAAUGCCAUGGCUGUCACGCUUGACGAUAGAUUCGCAAAACGUGUCGGUCUACCCAACUCUACUCGGUUUCCAUGGGAUACCGAGAGAAGCAUCUACUACGUCAAAGGAAUCCACGAUCUGCAUUGUCUUAAACUCAUCCGGAAAGCCAUUGUGUCAAAGCAUAACGACAACCCACAGCCCUUCAAUCUUCUUCACAUCUACCACUGCCUUGACGGACUCCGGCAGGACAUCAUGUGCAAUGCGGACGACACACCGAUACCAGCCCCUGUUACACAUCAGUCGGGCGAAGGUCAGCUUCGGCAGUGUCGUGACUGGGACAAGCUGAUCGCAUGGGCCACGCGUCCUGACCAACAUGCUUGCUACGAGUUUGACGAUUAUCGCGAAGCAACGAACACACUGGAAAACUUUGCAUUCUGCCCCCCGGGUUCGCCUUACCGGGAGUUCCAAGAGGCUUAUUUCCAGUAUCAUGGACACAAAGACGCGUAUGAGCUGUAUGGUGACGAAGAAGAAAUCGUGGUUUUCUGA